CAAUAAAAUCCCUUUUUUUAUUUAGUUCAUGAUUUCUAGUUCAUAGGAAAUACAUGGAAUGGUAAUGCUGUGCAGGUCAUUGAAGAUAAUGUUGAAGCUAUUUUCUGCAGCUGUUAGGACAAAAAGUCAUAUUCAUUGGUUACCGUUGCCACCUUCCUUUCAUCUCACCACAACAUACUGAAAGUUGGUGAAGCAGACAGAGGAGAGAGACUUGUGGGCAGUCACAGUGGUCCAAGUUGACCUUCGUCUUCCCAGUCGCGAGACGGAGACAGGGAUUCGUUCAGCAUUUGGCAACGUCGCGUGACGUCAGUUAAGAGGGCCGACAAUGGCGGAUAGAGUACACGGUAUGGAGUCCGCUGUGCCUGCAAAACGACCCAGAUUGGACUUCCCAGACGAAAUAUCUAAUCACCAGUAUGGUAGUGACUUCCAGUGUUUUGCAGGAACUUCGGAGCUGUUAUCAGGAAGCUACAGUAAUGGUGGUGAUUUCACAAUUACUUCAGAUUCCGGAUUUAAUGAACUUACUCCACCUCAAAGCAUGGGGAAGCUACAGUAAUGGUGGUGAUUUCACAAUUACUUCAGAUUCCGGAUUUAAUGAACUUACUCCACCUCAAAGCAUGGAAGACGAAAUAACUACACCAACAAGUUCCAGUCAAGGUGGCAAUAUUGACAGACCUGAAACUGAGAAUGAUUUUGCUGAUGAAAACACAAAUGACAGCUCUGUCAAUGACUGUCCAGACAAUUGGCAGAAUGUCACCAGUGUUAAUCAGGAUGACGACGAUGAUGAUGACGAUGACCGGCAGUCUGUUGCUUCUACUGCUUCUAACCUCAGUGGCCUGUCAGAUUUUUCUAACUUCUCAGGGAAGGACUGGAAACCGUGUGCAGGUCCUAUGUCAUGGGUUCAGCAGCAGAUGCUACGUGGUGUUGACCCUCGAAGUGUCCUUGCUCACAUGCUGGGAUCAAAGGCUCGCAUACCAGAGGGAAUGUCAGAUGUUAUUUUAUGGAGAUUCAUAUUGAACAUGCUCAUGUUCUCUGAACCUCCAAGGAGAGAGAAGUUACGACACAUAAAUACUCUUGAAGAUGUGGUCAGACUGCUAAAGUCCUGUCGUAAAAUAAUUGUAUUGACAGGUGCAGGGGUAUCUGUGUCAUGUGGCAUCCCAGAUUUUAGAAGCCGAGAUGGAAUCUAUGCUCGUCUGGCUGUGGACUUUCCUGACUUACCUAAUCCUGAAGCUAUGUUUGAUAUCCAUCAUUUCCGCCGUGAUCCACGCCCAUUCUUCACCUUUGCCAGGGAAAUAUACCCAGGCCAAUUCACUCCCUCCCUUUGCCAUAAAUUUAUUCAUCUCUUAGAACGAAACAAUAAACUACUGAGAAACUAUACGCAAAAUAUUGAUACAUUAGAACAAGUCGCUGGAAUUAAGAAUGUAAUACAGUGUCAUGGUUCAUUUGCAACAGCUACAUGUCAACAGUGUGGCCAUAAAGUAGACGCAAAUGCAAUUAAAGAAGACAUCUUCUCGCAGCGAAUCCCACAGUGUCCAAUAUGUACAGAGGAACAAAAUGAACAAGAUGAUAGCACAUCUAGUUUAGAUUCACAACAAAGAUUACCUAGUGAAAGUAACAGUUCUAGUCAAGAAAACAGAACUGACAAACACCAGAAAUCACCAGACAAUGCCACCACAAGUCAAGAUGAUGAUAUUCCUGAAUUAGACAUACUCUCCUCCCACAGAUUACCUGAGCCCUGCCAGGUACCUCUUCAGCCAAUAAUGAAGCCAGAUAUUGUGUUCUUUGGUGAGGGUUUACCAGACGAGUUUCAUGAUAGAAUGGCCGAAGACAAAGAUGAAUGUGAUUUACUCAUUGUCAUAGGAUCCUCCCUCAAAGUUCGCCCUGUAGCACUUAUUCCUAGUUCAGUUCCUUCACACGUGCCUCAAAUACUAAUAAAUCGUGAACCUCUUCGUCACCUCACUUUUGAUGUGGAGUUAUUGGGAGACUGUGAUGUAAUAAUUAAUGAGCUUUGUCAUAGGAUGGGAAAUGGCUGGAAAGAUUUAUGUAUUCAAGAUAGCAUGACAGAAAUAAGAGAAUUACCUCCGAGACCACUUCCGCCUCUUAGUAUUAACAGUGCUGAUGGAGAUGAUACUAACUCAUCUGUCGGAACUCCACUUAUAGCUCCUCAACAUGCUCCACACCCUCGAGAUGAAAGUGAUAUAGAAGCCCUCCGAGCUUGCUGGGCACCAAAGAUUCGUGAAACUGUAGCAUCUAGACUACCAGAUAAUAUGUUUUUGUAUACUGGUGGUCACAAGUAUGUAUUUCCCGGAGCUGAAGUUUACUAUGAUCCAGAUGAUGAUUUUGAAGAGGAUGACGAAAAGUGUCGCAGCUCAGAGUCUGAAAAUGAAGACGAUAUAACUCAGGAAGAAGACAGUCAGUCAGGUCAUGAUCAAGCUUCAGCAGCCUCCUCUACGCAUCAUCCAAGAUUGGAGGAUUGCCAUUCAACAGAUGCUCCUCACCUUUCUCCAGAAGAUGUUGACAGCCUCCUCUCAGCUGCAGAUAAUGGCCAAAAUCAGGAUCAUGAAGACUGGACUAGCCUUAAUGCUAGUCUAGAUACCUCUCUAGACUGCGAUCACACACUACCUGGUUGCGACACUGAUAAUGAACAAACUUCCGACAAUGCCUCUAAAGUUACAGACUUUUCCAGCAACAGAUAUUCACCCCCAUCAGACCUAUGACCUUCCUUCUUAAAAGAAAUAAAAUUGUAAAUAUAUGAACCUGUCAAUCCUGUUGUCACAGACCUUUAUGGCUGCCAUUAGAGAAUAGUUACUUUUAAAAGAAAGCAAGAUUUGAAGGUGAAGUUUUAGUGCGUUUUAAGGAUUGUGAUAAACCAUAAUUUAUUUUUCUUUCCACUAGAUUUAAUUUUUUGACAUAACGUGAAUGACUUGCAGCUUUAAUGAAGAUAUAGUGUUGACUCAUUUAAAACCGUCCUUAAGUUUGUGUUAUCUCCAGUUUCUACAACCUUUUCAAGGUGAUAGUUAGCUGUAGCUAAUUUGCGUUAUGACUGCUACUUGUAUGUUGUGCAAUGGUGUUGAGUGUUUUGAACCUGACUAUAAUAAUGAAUUAGGCUUCUUGGGAAAGAGUGAGCUACUGGGUGUUAACCGUUUCCUUCUACUCUGUCUUUGACACUACUGCAAAGAUCUGGUUAUUUUAUUUGCUUACAUAUAAUUAUUUGUAGUUCAAAAGUUCUUGCAACUGUGAUCUCAAGUCAAUUUUUCUUGUCGUAACCCUAUUACAUUUUCUUCUGCAAGUUCACCCAUGGUUUAUAAUAGUGUUACUGCUACUAGUGGUGGUCUGUAGUUCAAAAUUAUUUUUCUCUGUGAGGGUGUCAAGUGGAAGAACGAACGAUGACUACUUUGUCAUAGAAUUCAUCUUCUCAAGACAUCUUUUGCCUUGAAUUUUGACCCGAUGAGUGCUGCAAGACCAAGGUUUUGUAGCCGUAUUGCUGGUUAAGUCCAUUUAAGUGUUCAAAAUACAUUAUAAAUUCAGAUGUUUGUAAUUACAAAUUAGGUUAUUUUAUGGUUGAUCUGUAGAUCAGUAUGAUAUACUGUACAAUAAGUAUAUUGCCAGUAUGAGUGAAACUACAUAUAGAAUAGGAUUUGAUCAGUCUGAAGCAGAAUCUUAAAUUAAGAUUUAUUCUCAAAUGAAUGGUUAUUUCAGAUGUGGUUGUCUUGGGGAAGCCUCUCAUAUCCUUUUAUCAUAAAGACCUUUAUUUGUCUUCUUGGUGAACUUUGUAUCCUGUAUAUAAUUAUUUUUAGUUGCUGCCAUGUUAAUGGCACUGUUGGGAACCUACGCUGGAGAGUAGUUUUGUUUAGUACAUAAGUGAAUAUUAUAACAAUUUUAAAAAAAAGAGAUCUACAUUCUUCGAAGCUAAUAUCCAGUUUAAGUUGUUAUUUUGAUGUUGUAUUCAUGACUUGUUUCUGUUGUUAGCUAUAGUUAUCUAUUAUUUUAAAACAGUUCUUUAUUUAAACAGUUUACUUAGGUUAAAUGCAAGUUAUAAAUUGUCUAUCAGUUUAAACAAAAAUAGACCUGUGUGAUUAUAUAUUGGACUUGAAGUGACUGUUUUAGUUUUGUUGAAAGUAGUUACUGGAAAUGACGUGCAAGAUUAACUGAUGUUUUAUAUUUUUCCGAAAUUCUUACAUGAAAAAUUUUGUGCCUUGACAUGUUCAGGGUUAUGCACGACCUCCCCUUUGUUUUCCAGAGGCUCCCCGUGGGUUUAUUUUUUAUUACCAUCAUUAUUUUGGAGAGAAUAUCUUAGUCCUACCUCAUUUUUGUUUGUGUAGUCAUUCAUAAGGAGUACUGGAUAUUGUACAUAAAGUUUUGUCACAACUUUGCUGUGACUUUUGUAUUUUGAGAAGCUUUGGCCAAUGUGUGGGUUUCCUAGCCACGAGUUGAAAAAUGCUACCAGCAAUAGGUAGUAUCUAGUUGCCCCCCAAAAUUUUAUAUCUACUGCCAUUAUUUUUAUUAAUUUUUUUUAUUUUAUUUAGGAUGAUACACAUGUUGGGUACACUUUGGUGAAUAAUCUGAUAUGGUGCUAAGUAACCACAUAGUUUCAGUCAAGUAGUCAAGAACAUUGUUCAGAACGUAGUUGUGACAUUAGUACUUACACAAAACAGUUUAACUCCAUAGGAUCUCGGUAGGGCAUUAUAGUUUGUGGAAGCACUUUCUAAUUGCAGUACAAUUUUAUUUCUUUCUUUUUUUUGUAAUUGAGAGCAUUCAAGAUGAGGUUUCUCUGAGGCUCUGAACAUGUUUGAAAACUUGCCUUAUUUUUUGUAUAUCUUCUUUCAGCAGUUAGUAUUACUUGCACUCCAAGUAUAUUUAAAUGGUGUGAAAAAGCUGCUUCAUAUUGAAGUUUUAAGCUGUUAGCUUAGCCUAGUACAUUAAGGCAAUUGCUUGGAGGGGUUUUGUGAACUAUGAAAUAUUGAUCUUCCUAAACUGCUUAGCAGCCUUCAGAUUAUUCAUUGUUCCCUACCUGUUACUGUGCUGGGUGCUACUUUUGUGCACUGUCAUAGGAUCUCAAAAAGUAGGACUUCAGAUAAUGUGGAGAAGAAAAGGUCAAUUGCUUAUAAGAGCCAGGUCUUAGUUUUUUGCACUUGGAAGAGCUCUCAAUGUGAUGUAAACUUCUACAUCUGUUGGAACAAUUCCUUUGCUUCCUCACAUAAGUAAAUUAUAUAGAGUCGCUGUUAGCAUCAAGGGUCCAAUGGCAUAAAACUUUGUUGCUGUUACGUAUAAGAUUUGCCUAUGGUACAAGUAUGGCUUUUUUUCAUGUGGCCUACAAUACUUUCGUUUCCUUAUCUAAAUAAAACAAAAACAGCAAUAAAAAUUAUCCUUUUUUUGUAAA